GCAGGCAAAAUUUGAAAGUUUCCAUAAGAUAAGCAUCAAAAAGAUGUAAGUACGUUAGUUCGUGAGGCAAAUCGUGAUUUAUGAGAUUAUGUUUACUUUUUAAACUGUAUUGUCAGGCACUGCGUUAAUGAGUUAAUUGCUUACACCUGCUGCCGUGGUGUUAUUAAUAACAUUGCCAAAAGAUGUUCACGUCAGACUGUUGAGAUUAUUGUGGACGUUACCUGAAACUACCCUACCAUGCCCACCAAGGAUGUCACGAAGGAGCGCCUCGGUAAAUACAAGAACAAGGGGAAAGACCCGGCCAAACUUCGAGACAGGAGGGUGUCUGAGUGCGUGGAGCUGCGUAAAGCUAAAAAGAACGAGAACUUCAUGAAGAGACGACAAAUAACUCUGUCCUCUCUGCCCGACGAGGAGGCCCUCUCGCCAACUUUCAUCUCCGACGACAAAGUUCCAACUUUAAGCAUCGAGGAAAUUAUCAAAGACGUCAACUCCGAGUGCAAGGAUGCUCGAACUCGAGGAUGCCAGGCUGCUAGAAAACUACUCUCUCAAGAGCGUGACCCUCCUCUGAAGGAGAUCAUCGACACGGGACUCUUGUCCCGCUUUGUGCUCUUCCUGGGUAUGAAUGAUGAGCCUGCGCUUCAGUUUGAAGCAGCUUGGGCUCUGACCAACAUCGCCUCUGGAACAUCUUGGCAUACGAAGCAGGUGGUAGAGCAUGGUGCUGUACCCAGCUUCAUUUCUUUGCUGGCCUCGCCAUUGUUGCACAUCAGUGAACAAGCUGUCUGGGCUCUUGGCAACAUUGCAGGUGAUGGCUCAGCAUACAGAGACGUCCUCAUUGAAUGUGAUGUCAUUCCAGCCUUAUUGGCACGUGUUGCCAUCCAUCAUAUCUCGUCACUUCAGGUUGGAUAUCUACGUAACCUCACAUGGACGUUGUCAAACUUGUGCAGAAAUAAAAACCCAUUUCCACCCAUGUCAGCAGUCCAACAGGUGCUUCCUACGCUGCUCCAGUUUCUCCACCAUGGAGAUGAGGACAUCAUGUCAGAUGCAUGCUGGGCAAUCUCCUACCUCACAGAUGGUGACAAUGACCGCAUUGAUGUGGUGGUGAGAACUGGCAUUGUUCAUCGGCUGGUGGAGCUCAUGAGCCAGAAGGAGCUGAGCGUCUUGACGCCUGCCCUUCGUGCCAUUGGGAACAUCGUGAGUGGCUCGGACCUGCAAACGCAGACAGCCAUUGAUGCUGGAGUUCUCAGCAUCCUUCCUCUGCUCAUGAGGCACCCAAAUGCCAGUGUGCAGAAGGAAGCCGCAUGGGCAUUGUCUAACAUCGCAGCUGGGCCAUGUAAGCAAAUCCAGCAGCUCAUCACAUGCGGCCUGCUCCCCCCUCUGGUAGAAUUACUUAGAAAUGGAGAUUUCAAGACUCAAAGGGAGGCAGUGUGGGCAGUGACUAACAUUACCAGUGGGGGCACUGUGGAGCAGGUGGUCCAGUUGGUGCAUAGUGGGGCACUUGAGGCAAUCGUCAAUCUGCUGCAAAUAAAGGAUGCCAAAAUUGUUCUUGUCAUAUUGGAUGCCAUCAACAACAUUUACAUGGCAGCAGAGAAGCUUGAUGAAGUUGAGAAACUAAGCCUGCUGGUUGAAGAGCUGGGAGGACUGGACCGCAUUGAAAGUCUGCAGAACCAUGAAAAUGAGAUGGUGUACCAGGCAGCACGCAACCUCAUUGAAAAGUAUUUUAUGCAAGAUGAGAUUGAGGGGCUGAAGGUCGACACCAAUGAAGAUGCCUUUUUAUUUCAUGACGCUGAGAUUCACAAAAAAUUUGAAUUUUAAUCCAUUGUAAGAGUAAAACACUUUCAUACCAG